AUGGGGUCCGCCGAUACCCAACUUCCGUCGGAUAUGCUUGCAGUGCAAGCCAUUGCAUACUCUCAACCUCCGAAGGUCAAUCGAGUCCCUGUGCCGUCCGUGGGGCAGUUAGGUGGACAAGACAUCCUCCUCAAAACAGCAGUCGCCUCACUCUGCCACACCGACCUCAUGGUUCUCGAUGGCGUUUUUCAGUCCAAGCUGCCCAUCACCAUGUCUCACGAGGGGACCGGUAUCGUUGUCGCCGUGGGAAAUCAAGUCUCGGAUUUCAAAGUCGGAGACCGUGUUAUGACCGGCAUCAAAGUACACGCCUGUGGGAAAUGCAUCAACUGUAACCCGCAGAACGGCGAAGAUUGGAACCAGUAUUGCUGGGAGUCGGAAGGCGCCGUGGGACUCAUGGCUUGCGACGGUGCCUUUGCAGAAUACCAUAUUGCGGACUCGAAGGAGAGUAGUCACGUCCCAGAUUCCAUCCCUUUCGCCAUCGCGGCGCCACUCGCGUGCGCUGGAGUGACAGUCUAUCGUGCAGUACUUACCAGUCAAGUCAAGGAAGGUGGCUUGCUUGCUAUCGUCGGAGCUGGCGGCGGGCUUGGGCACUUUGGCAUACAGUUUGCCCGAGCACGUGGAAUCAAGGUCAUUGCAAUCGAGGCGCGGGAUGAGGCGUUGGAAAUAUGUAGGAAGUUAGGGGCCGAGCACGUGCUUGAUGUGAGGGAAGGCAAGGCUGAGGUGGUAAAGAAGGUACACGCUUUGACUGAAGGACAGGGCGUGGAAGCUGUUGUGAAUGUUUCCGAUCAUCCAACGUCAGCGGCACUAUCGGCAGCGAUAACGAGGACUCAUGGCACUGUGAUUCAAGCAGCUCAACCUACCGAAGUGUGUGUGCCUUUCCAAGAUAUCGUGCUGCGAGACGUCACUAUCAAAGGGACAAUGUUAGGUGGCCGGGGGGUUGCUCAAGAAAUGCUGGAGGUCGUAGCCAGGCAUAACAUCAAAGCGGAGACGCAGGUUUUCCACGGGUUGGAAGAAGUGCCGAACAUGGUCGAACUCUCACGAGCCGGUAAAUUGAAAGGCAAGGCGAUUUGCAUCGUUGACUCGAACCUGCGGUAG